ACAUAAUAUUCAAGCCAGCAUAAAAUAUGCAUUGAUUGAAAGUAGAGUCAAGUACUGUGUUCUUUAUAGGAGCUGUCUCCUCCAGCUGCGAAAAUAGAUUUUGAAUUGAAAACACCUGUAUAUGUACUUUGAAAACUAACAAAUAAAAUACACAACAAACACUUCAAUGAGUAAYACAAUGAUGGCCAAAUAUCUAGCCCUUUCAUUCUUUUUCUCCAAAAUCAUCUCUACAAACCCUGCAGAAGUACGCGGACAAAGACAAAGUGAUGGCAUUACGUUUGGAAAUUUCUUCAUUCACUUUCAAGGUCAUAAACUCUUUGGUACUGCAAUGAAAAAGCUGAAAAUAAGAUCACCUUUUGAUUGCUUAAUUGAGUGCAGUGCAAACAUUCAAUGCAUUUCUACAAACGUGAACACAACAAGUGACGUUGCUGGCUUGUUGGAGUGUGAAUUGUUGGACUUUGACAAGAAUGAAUUACAGCGAGAACUUAUCAAAGAGACUGGAGUGGAUCAUUACGCUUUGCUAAAGAAGACCUUAGUACCUGCUGAGGCCUGCUCCGCCAUUGACAAACAAAAACCAAGUGACGUCUACCGUAUCAAACCUAGUCUUUCUCCGUCAUUUCUUGCCUWUUGUGACAUGGUAACCAAUGGUGGAGGAUGGACAAUCUUUCAGAGACGUCUCGAUGGCUCAGUUGAUUUCUACCGUGGCUGGCACGACUAUAAACAAGGGUUUGGAAACGAGAAUGGUGAAUACUGGUUAGGACUGGAUCGAAUCCACGCCAUGACAUCAAAAGGAAAUUUCCGACUUCGUAUUGAUUUAGAGGACUUCGAGGGAAACGCGCGAUACGCGGAGUACGACUCGUUUAGCGUGUCUGAUGAAGCUGAUAAGUAUCGUCUUUCGAUUGGGAAAUAUUCAGGAAAUGCUGGAGACUGUUUGACCUAUCACAAUAAAAUGGCAUUUACUACAAAAGACCGUGACAACGACGKCKMCAGUAAAUCCUGUGCAGUACGCUUCAAAGGUGCAUGGUGGUACAGAGGCUGUCACKCAAGCAACCUCAACGGCCUCUACUUGAGGGGURYUACCUCACAAUAUGCCACCAGUGUCACGUGGUCUUGUUUUAAAGGCCAGUAUUAUUCGCUCAAGAUUUCCGAGAUGAAGAUAAGGCCAGAUUAGUGAUCUCAACRURGCUUAAUGGCAAUGCACUUGAUAUUUCAUAUUUAAUAUAGACGUCUUGAAAGAGCACUAAAAGUUUAGAAUUCCAACGCAUGGCACUUCUUUGUAAGCGAACAGCCAGAACUAGUUUUCUUCGUAUAUAAACAAAGACUUACACUAAAUAUUGUCUAUAUUAUAUCAUAGGAAGCUCAUUCUAUUUCCAAAAUGAAUUCAUUCGAUCGACUUUUUUGCAAUAUAAACAAUUUAGUUAUAGAUUUCUUUCUUUCUGUCAUAGUUGACAUUUUUUGAGCAAACCUUAAGGCUAACCUUACCUAAACCUCGUUUUGCUUUUUGUUUUCUCUUGUGUGGGAGUACAAGAGUUACUGAUUAUGCCGUCUAAUGCAAUAAUCCUUAGCAUGUUGUACUCUUUUUAUU